AUGGCUUGUGGAAACAGGGAGAAGAGAGUCAGAUGUGGUACAGUGGAAGAGAGCAACGCCAGAGAGCCGGACUUUAUAGACCAACUGCCCGAAGAGUGUCUUGUCCUCAUCUUUCGCUUUCUGCCUUUGAUCCGUGACCGGUGCUCGUGCGCGGCGGUGUCGAAGAAAUGGCUCCAUGUGCAAGCACGUAUGCGGCGUUCGGAUUGGAGAUCGGAGCAGGAUGAGGCUUGUUCACCAAGCAAAGAGAUUUCCCGAUGCCUCGACAUGGAAGAGGCUAAUGACACAAGGCUCGCUGCUAUGGCAAUUGGGAUCCCCUACCAAGGUGUCCUCACCGAACUCGCUAUAAGUGCAAGUCUCCCUUCUCUUCCUUUCUCUUCCCGAGGUGACCAGAUGACUGAUUAUGGCCUUAGCAUCAUAAGCCAAGUCUGCCUCAAUCUCAGAUCGCUGACACUCUGGAACUGCACCAAGGUAGGAAACAAAGGCAUUGCCUCAUUGGCCAAUUGCUGCACUUCAUUAGAAAAGUUCAGUCUUUCAAACUCCCCGUCGAUCACGGACGACGGCCUUCUGCUGAUUGCAAAAGGAUGUCCUGAUUUAUCAUCGUUGAUCCUGAACUCUUGCUGGUCCAUCGGCAACCGAUCACUGGAUGCCUUUGCGAAGCACUCCAAUAAGCUCAAGUUAUUCAUUCUGGAAAGGUGCCCGGUCGUGAAGGAUUCGGCCAUUAUUUCGAUGCUCACCAAUCUACAGGAGUUACGCAUGCUGAAAAUUAGGUCCAUGGAGAUCAGAGAUGCCGUCCUCGAGGCCGUUGGAAGGCAUGCAAAGCAGGUAAGGACGUUGUACUUGGAGAAGGUCUGGGGCAUUACAGAGGAAGGCUACCAUUGGAUCGGAUUUAAUGAAAAUCUCCAGUCCCUUUCACUAAAUUGUUGCAUUGGUUUAACAGACAAAAGUUUCAGAAGAACCGCCGAUAGAAACAUGUAUUUGGGCCUAAAAAAGAUAGCAAUUAAGAACUGUCGAUCAUUGACGGACGAUGGAUUGGUCGAGCUGACAAGAUCAGCGAAAUCGCUCAAGUCCAUAACUCUAGAAAAGCUGGACAGGAUUACGUCGAGUGGCCUGGUCGAAGCCUUGUCGAACUGCAGUCGGACGCUGAAGGAAUUAUCUCUGCUGAAGUGUAAUCUCAUACAGAGUGAUGCCCAUCCUCUUCCUCGGCAUUUUCCGCUGUUCAAAGCUGUGACACUGAAUCAAUGCCAUGGAGUUGGAGAUGGUUUCCUGGUGCGCAUGGGAUGGGCGUGCAAGAAAGUGGAGGAGAUCCGUCUGGUGUGCAUGGACUCGAUCACAGACAGCGGCAUCCUGGGCUUUCUCUAUCAACUUGGGAGCCGUACCAACAUCACCAAACUGGACCUGAGCGGAUGCAGGUUGGUGACCGAUCGAAGCCUGCGGGCGAUUGCACAGCGAUGCCAGGAGUUGGAGGAGCUGGACCUGAGUGGGUGCAGGAUUAGUGAUCAGGGGGUGGAGUGUUUGGCCAGUGAGGGGCCGAGCUGGCUGCAGGCGCUGUCGCUCGCCGGCUGUGCUGAGAUCACCGACAAGAGCUUGGAAGCACUGCAGACGUUGUGCGUGAGCCUGGAGAGCCUCAACGUGACGAGGUGCCCAGGGAUAAGCCAGGAGGCCAUCAGUUCUUUCAAGGAGGUCUGCUUCUUCUGCGACGUCAGAGGCUGA